AUGUUUUCGAUGCCCCAGACACCACAAAGACCUUUACCAGGUGCAUAUAUUCAAACGCCAGCCCAUGGUCUCGCCAAUAAGGCUGGCCAACUCUAUCAGCCGAAUCUUCGGCCGAACACCAUCACAGCACAAAAUGCAUCCCAAGGUCAGAGCCAGGCGCUCACCCAGCAAAAGCAACAGACCGGACAGGUAGCCGGAACCUCGUCUGGAGAGGAUCUUAAGCCAAUCGCACGGGCAGCGAGGACCAUCAAUGAAACCCUCGACCAAGAAUCGCGGUACCCUGAGCUCGACAGCUAUGUUAGCCAAGGACCUUCUUCGGACUAUGACAUCCUCUCACAGCCAGCAUGGGCGCCUUUCCAGAGAGCCAAGAGCUACAGCAUACCCGAUUCAAUCUUAGCACAAUGCAACAAUGCAAAGAUGUCCACCAUGAUGGGCUUGUUCGCAGAUCUGAACCAUGCCUGGAUUGCAAUCGAUAACUCGCUCUACCUCUGGGACUACACACAUCAGGACCCUGAUUUGAUCGGCUUUGAAGAGCAGCAGCAACAGAUCACAGCAGUGCGCCUUGUGACCCCACGGGCUGGCGUCUUUGUUUCUACAAUAUCACGAAUGCUGGUUGUUGCCACCUCGAGUGAGAUCAUACUCGUUGGUCUGGCCUCGCAAGAUGCACCCGGUGGUGGCAAGUCUGUCAGCCUCUUUUCAACACGAUUGUCAAUAUCCAUCAAAGGCCUGACCAUCAAUCUCAUCGAAGGAUCAGCGGCCUCUGGAAGGAUUUUCUUCUCGGAGAGUACAAGCGAUGAUGUAUACGAGCUCACCUAUCAGCAGGAAGAGAAGUGGUUCCAGAAUCGUUGCACUAAGAUCAACCAUACCGGCAAAGGUGUCUCAGCUUUUAACCCUGGGCCAAUAUUCGGCUUCGGGCAAAAAACGCAACAAGAACGCCUCGUCAAUCUGACUGUAGAUGAUACAAGGAGUCUACUAUACACUCUUUCGUCGCGGUCAACAAUCAGAGUCUUUCAUAUGAGACCCAACAAUGGGCUUGUACUUAUGAUUACCAAGACGUUGCCUGCGAUACUUAAUGAUAUUGGACACAUGCCUAAUCUAACAACGGAUCUACUUUCUUCAAAUAUCACGAUAACAUCGGUCGACACUAUCUCGUCCAGAGAGGCUGUGAGGCUGCAUUUGAUGGCGACCACGUCCACAGGUUGUCGAAUCUUUCUGAGUGCCACAUCAGGCGACUCCUAUAAUACGUACAAUAUAUCGGCGAUCAAAUCUUCAGAUGCGCCAACUAGUAUGCAGGUACAGCACGUCAAGUUUCCACCAACAGAUCCUAAAGGACCGUCACCACGUCAGCAAAAUGCAAGACAAAUGGUACCCUAUGGCAAUAGUCAAGGACCAAAUACGAAUUCCAGAGCUCUGACUGGAACUCGUCGGGCUGUCAGAUAUGCACCUGGCUAUUUUUUUUGCUUUGUACCGAAGGACGCUCAGGGAACCUCGGAUUCCCUAUUCAUCUCUGCGCCCGAUGCUGGGCGAGUUGCGCGUCAGCGUGAAAACACAAGCAUGGCCAAAUACCCUGAAUUUGGCAUCUGGCCGGAUCUAGGCAGUCGCGCCGAAGAUAUUGGUCUGGCUUCGGAUCCCUUCUCUGCUACUACAUCACCAGCUGGCUUUGGCAACGAGCUUGCGGUCCAGUACGACGAGCCUGUGUCCGAAAUCGCCAUCUUGACCAACACUGGAGUCCAUACUUACAGAAGACGGAGACUGGUAGACAUGCUUGCAUCUGCCCUGCAAGUCGGAGGUGGAGAUGAAGGUCUUGAUGGGGACAUCAAAAAGUUUCUUCGCUUGUAUGGUGCUGGUGAAACUGCAUCAACUGCAUUGGCAGUUGCGUGUGGGCAAGGUUUGUACGUUACCUCUGAGUCUCGGAUUGCUCGAGUCACCGAUCCAAAAGUGCUGGAGUACGCUCGAAAGGCGUUCAUUGAGCACGGCGGAAAACCGCAUAUCAAUGAAAACCAAGUGAUGGAUCACCCAACACCAGCAAUCGAUACCGUACGUCCGUCGCCGCGCCAUGAAGGCGUAGCGCUAUACGUUGCAAGGUUAGUGCGCUCGAUCUGGAAGGCUACUAUAGUGAAGGAAAGCGUAUCACCCAUGAGCGGUCUGAUGGUGUUUCCCACCAUGAGUAUGGCUAAAGUACAAAGCAUCUCACAAGACCUGAUCGCAUUGAAAGAAUUCUUGGGAUCUAAUAAGAAUCUUAUUGAUGGGUUGGCGGGACCUGAAGCACUAGGUCUUGCAUCGACCAAACAAGACGAGAUUUCACUCCAAGCGGAGCAUCGGGCGUUGCAUUCUUUGGUCGUGCUGAUAGAAAACAUCAUUGAGGGCAUUGCCUUUGUACAAGUCUUGUUCGACGAGCAGAUUGCGGAGAUCAUGGCCUCACUCCCAGCCGAGAUAAGAAAACAGGUUCAGGAUCUGACCUACGAAGGCCUGUUCUCCACUGCCAAUGGUAAGGAGCUUGCUAAAGAGUUGGUCAAGGCUAUCGUGAACCGCAACAUCGCCAAUGGUUCGAAUGUCGAGACUGUCGCGGAGGCUUUGAGAAGACGAUGUGGCAGCUUUUGCAGUGCUGAUGAUGUUAUCAUCUUCAAGGCGCAGGAGUUGUUGAAAAGAUCAUCUGAGACUGGUGGCGAGUCAGAAUCAGGACGAAAUCUGUUGAAUGAGAGCUUGAGACUAUUCAAGCAGGUUGCUGGCAGCCUACCCAUGGACCGAUUACAGUGGGCGGUGGAAAGCUUCAUAACCAUGCAAUUCUAUGCCGGUGCUAUCCAGCUAGCUCUUGACGUAGCUCAGGAAUCCGAUCGGGGAAAUCGAGCAUUGGCGUGGAUCCAGGACGGCCGCCCAGAUCAGGAUCAGCGAGCGGCCGCGUUCGAUGCUCGGAAAAGAUGCUACAACUUAAUCCAUCAAGUCACUACCAAGUUCGAUCAAGCUUCGACCCAAGGACCGAGCAUGAUUGACGGUCAAUACACCUUAGCUGCCAAGCGCAGAGCAGAAGCCUAUGAUGUCAUCAACACUUCCAAUGAUGAAGCAUUUCAAACAGAUCUCUAUGAUUGGUACCUGUCACAAGAGCGGACGGACCGGUUACUUGAUAUCCAAUCUCCAUAUAUAGUGACUUACCUGGAACGGAAAUCAUCAGACAACAUUGAACAUGCCGACUUGCUGUGGAAAUACCACAGUCAGAGAGGCCAAAACCACGAAGCAGCUGUCGUUCAGCUGAUGCUAGCGAGGAGUGAUUUUAGACUCUCGCUGGAUCGGCGAAUUGAGUAUUUGGGCAGAGCAAAAGCCAAUGCAUCUACUACAUCGCCCGGCAUUGCUAGACAUGCACGCUAUCAACUCCUGCGGGAUGUCUCUGAUCUAUUGGACGUGGCUAACAUCCAGAGUGACCUGCUUCAACGGCUUAAAGGCGACGAAAGAAUCCCUGCUGAUCGUCGGCCUGCAGUCAUCAAUGAUCUCGAUGGUGCCCUGGUUCCCUUCGAUGUGCUGUACAAUGGGUAUGCGGACCAAGCCGGUUACUUUGACCUUUGUCUCCUGAUUUAUCAAGCCGCCGACCACCGCAAUCCCGCCGACAUUAGAGCCACAUGGCAGAACCUGCUCGAUCGGACACACGAGGAUAUAAUGACACGUGGUACGCCUCAACCAUACGAGGUAGUUAUCGAGAAAGUCCAGAGUCUUGCGAAGCGCCUGAACCUCUCGGAGACGAUGUUCCCCAUCGCCGAUGUUGUUCCCAUACUCGAGAAGUAUGCCUUCGAAUUUCAGAAUGGUGUUGGUCCCAGGACAUGGCCCAUGGAUACCCUAAUCGGCGUUGGUGUACCUUUUGAGUCGCUAUUUACGGUGUUGGAAGGCAUGUUUUACAACGACGAAGCGCCUUUCCAAGGCAGAAACCGGCGCUAUAUUGCCAAUGAUAUCAUCUAUGUCGCUGGGCUAUGGUUUCAAGACAGUAGCCGGGGAGCGGGAAAGAUACUGGGAGAAGAGGGCAAUGCUGCUGCGAUCACUCAGACGCUGAUGAUGUUGCAGCAGAGCGGCUUGCUAGACGAGAAAGCUCUGGAUGAGUGUCGGGCCCUGAGGGCAAGGAUUGAGCAUAUGUUGAGAUGA